AUCUUUCAGGUUGCCGUACGUGGAAGAUUACUCACACAAAUCCCCUUCAAUUUCACCACAAAAAUUGUGGAAAGAAAGAUCAAACCCAACCAAAAAAACAAAAACAAAAUCGAAAUUACAAGAACGGAAGGCAAGAAGAGCCCAAAGAUUUCUUGGAGACUCUUCUCCAAUCCCCCUUUCCCCUCCAUGGCCACGCUCCAGCACGCUCUCCUCACUCCGUCCCCGCUCUGCUGCUGCUCGCACGCUCUCCUCCACCCAAGGGCCAGGAAGAUAUCUCCGAGGUACCCAGAUGGGGCCUUCUCCAUGGCGAAGCCGUUCUUGCGGCGCGAGCUCCCGGAGAGGGGCGGCACCUUGGCGCGGAGAAUGGCGGGCGGGCGGCGCCUUGGCGUGGCCGGGGCCGGGAAAGGCCCCUUCUUUGGCGGCGGGCGGCGGCAGGGGUCGACCGGCCGCGGCCGGGUCGUGGCGAACCUCGCCUUCGUCGCCCUCGUGGCCUACCUCGUGGUGAGCGGCCAGUUCCGGUGGCUGCUCGACGCCAUCGUCUCGCUCUGGCUCCUCACGGUACUUCUGCCUAUUGUGGGUCUCGGUGCGCUCAUAUUCUUUGCACAACGAAAUAUACUUCAGAGCGAUUGUCCCAACUGUGGAAAAAGCUUCCGGAUACUGAAGACAUCUGUGAAGAAUGGUCCACAAUUCUGUCCUUAUUGCACUCAACCUUUCUCUGUUCAGGGCGAUAAGUUUGUCAGAGAAGCUGCUAGCUUUUCAUCUGGAAGGACCCCUACAAAAGCACAACAAGCCUUCAAUGAGUUAUUCAACCGUGGAUCAAAUGGAAAAGCACCUUCUGGUUCUGGGAUGAUUGUAGAUGUUGAGGCUGAAGUCACGGACAUCGAGUGAUAUUUCUUCAGGAGCGCAUCAGGGUCAGUUUUGCUGCUGUUCGUUGGGGGCCAGUUUCUAUCUCCAAUGUUGUAUAAGCCUGUAGCACUCUAGGAAAUAGGUUUGCGGCCUAGUUCCAAGCGACUUCCGAAGCUUAGAUGUGAGACCAAUUGGCAGAUACAGAUCGGAGGCGGAUGUAACAGAUUAACAGGGUUGUGAAUAUUUACAUUGCUUCUUUGUAUAUCCCCAGGCUUGCAAAUACACCCAGGGUUUUGUAUAUGCAGCAUAUGUUGCAAACUAGGGUGACAUUGACGCCUUUGAACAUGUUGUACUUAUACAUGAUGCUCGAUUACUGAACUAGGGCUUGUUCAUCCAGUGAUCCAGACCUACUUUCUUUUA